CUCUCCAAGGGGAGUGGCCACUUCCUUCUGAUAUCUGAUCUGGGCUGUGAAGUCACAGCUUCCCCAUAAAUAAGAAGCCUUGUGAGAGGGAGGACUCUACUCAGGGACAGGAGCAGCCUUCAGCUCAACUCGUCAGCUUCUCAACAUCAUCAUGUCCUUCAGUGCUGACCAGAUUGCUGACUUCAAGGAGGCUUUCCUCCUCUUUGACAGGACUGGCGAAAGCAAGAUCACAUUAAGCCAAGUUGGUGAUGUCCUGCGAGCUCUGGGUACCAACCCAACCAAUGCAGAGGUCAAGAAGGUUCUGGGAAAUCCCAGCAAUGAAGAGAUGAAUGCCAAGAAAAUUGAGUUUGAGCAGUUCCUGCCCAUGAUGCAGGCUAUUUCCAACAACAAAGACCAGGGAAGUUAUGAAGACUUUGUUGAAGGGUUGCGUGUCUUUGACAAGGAGGGCAAUGGUACAGUCAUGGGUGCUGAACUUCGCCACGUGCUAGCUACCCUGGGUGAAAAGAUGAAGGAAGAGGAGGUGGAAGCCCUGAUGGCAGGUCAAGAAGACUCCAAUGGCUGCAUCAAUUAUGAAGCCUUUGUCAAACACAUCAUGUCUAUAUAAAUGGAACUCUCAAGAACAAGUUUCUCUAUGAAGACUGACUGGAAAUUAAGCCAAGAAUUUCAGGAACAUUCAUACUCAGCUCUCCAGAUCAGCUGACCAAGAAGACAGGAAAAACCAAAGGAAUUUGGACUAUACUAUACAGAAGGCCUCCCCAAUUUUUUAUGCACCUUUUUAGUUUCUUUAUGCAUCCCCAAGUUACAUUUCUACUGCACAAGUUAAAUGUUUGCAAAUGACUUGGACAAAGUUUCUAUAAGUUUCAAGUCCAAGUUAAAUACUUUUUCAGGACUAUCCACCAUGGAUAAAUGAGUACCCUUGAAAGAAUCCAACAAUCAAUAAAUCCCUUUGGUCAAUCUCUGGUGAUGACAUGGUUUUUGU